AUGGCAUUCAUAUCAAAAUCGUCUUAUCUUUUGAUUUUCUUCUUCCUCAUUGCCGCUACAUUGCCAGAUCUUUCCUCUGCAUACUUAAAACUACCACUCCUCCGUAAAACCCCUUAUCCUCCGACACCAUCUGAGGCCCUCUCCGCCGACUCCCGCCGUGUCUCCACCCUUCACCAACUUCGUCGACAUUUCCAUGCCAAGCUCCCAAUCUCCUCCGCCGCAUCCUUCGGCUCUGGUCAGUACUUGGUGUCCCUCCAUUUGGGCACUCCUCCACAGCAUCUACUCCUCGUUGCUGAUACUGGAAGUGACCUAACCUGGGUCUCCUGCUCCGCCUGUCGCCAGAAUUGUUCCUCACGCGCCACCUUCUUCCCCCGCCAUUCAACUACAUUUUCGCCUUACCAUUGCUUCGACUCAUCCUGUAAGCUCGUACCCCACCCCAAGGAGCACAUGCCAUGCAACCACGCUCGCGUCCACAACACGUGCCGCUACGAGUACAACUACUCCGAUGAGUCUGUAACCAGAGGAUUCUUCUCUCACGAAACGACGACGUUCAACUCCAGCUCCGGUAAAUUAGUGCAGUUUCAGUAUUUAUCUUUCGGGUGCGGGUAUAACAACUCUGGGCCUAGCGUUUCCGGCCCAAGCUUUAAUGGAGCUAAUGGAGUCAUGGGCUUGGGCGGUGGACCCAUUUCAUUUUUCUCUCAACUGGGCCGAGAGUUUGGGCACAAGUUUUCUUACUGUUUAAUGGAUUACACUCUUUCCCCUCCGCCAACAAGCUAUCUUUUCAUCGGCGGCUCGAAAUACAUCGGCGCCAAAAGUUCUAAGCUGAGCUACACGCCAAUACUAAUUAACCCUCUUUCUCCAUCACUUUACUAUAUUGGGAUCGAGAGCGUGUUUGUUAAUAAUGUAAAAUUACCUAUAAGUCCUUCAGUGUGGGCCAUCGAUGAAUUGGGCAAUGGUGGGACCGUUGUAGACUCAGGGACGACUUUGACCUUUUUAACGGAGCCAGCUUAUCGCAUCAUACUAGCCACGGUCGAUCGGCUUGUGAAGCUGCCUAAGUCGGUUGAGCCGACUCUAGGAUUCGAUCUAUGCUUCAAUGUGUCCAAUGAGUUAAGGCCAAGUCUUCCAAGACUGAGUUUCAAACUCGACGGUGGUUCAUUAUUUGCACCGCCACCUCGGAAUUACUUCAUUGACGCGGCGGACGGAGUUAAAUGCAUGGCACUGCAGCCCAUUGCACCUUCUUCAGGCUCUUCGGUGAUUGGAAAUUUGAUGCAACAAGGUUACACGUUUGAGUUUGACAAAGAUCGGAAGCGACUUGGUUAUUCAAGACACGGUUGUGCAGUGCCAUAA